GUAUAGAAUAAGACUCAGACUGUGACAUGAAGCUAAAGCUGACUGGUAGGCUGGUAGCAGUCUUUCGUGGUAUAGUUUACAGAAAACUACGAUACGUUACAGCUCAGUGUAUGUAUGUGUGUACAAUAAAUAUGCAGUAGUGUGUGUUGUCUAUUGAAAACAGUUGAAAAUUGUCUUAGCACCGACCGAGUACCAAGUCACACAAGUGUCGGUUUUAUCAUACACAAUAGUCACCAUCACCAGUGCCAGUGAGAUUUAUAAUAUAUUAUAAUAAUAAAACCACUAGUCAUCAAUUGUAGUAAUUCAUAUAAAAUAAUCUAAACACUGAUACAUAUUCAAUACACACUAAUAAUAAUGUAUAGUAUAAAUUGUGUUGAUGGAUCCAUUGUGAUCCUUAAACAAAAUUCCAUAACAUCUAUUCAUCGUAUUCAUCGGUCAUAAGUUUGUGUGACAACAAUAAAAUAUAUACACGUAUAUUUAAAAUAAUAAUUAUCAUAUUUAUUAUUAUCAAUAUAAAUUAAUAUAUAAAAAUUAUAACGAUUCAUUGUUUUUUAAUUAACUACUUAAGUGUAAAUAAGAUGUUACGAAAAUAAUCACGAGCUCAUGCUCAAAGCAUGUGCUUCAUCUAGACACUAAGUGUUAAUGUGAUAAAUCUGAUGGAUUAAAUAUAUAUUUACGUGUAUAUAUCAACAGGGUAAUUAUUUAUACAUUAGUGGAUUAUUAUAUUUUAUUACAAGUUUGUUAUUUUAUUUUUAAUUUUGUUUUGUUUUUUUUUUACGCAAGAGAAAAAGUGAGUGGCAAAGCGGGGGCGUAAAAAAAACGAGAGGUGUGUUCUAGCCUCCACCUCCUCCUUCUUCUUCUUAGACUGUGAUUCGCAAACUCAUAUUAUAUUAUACUAUUGUGACAGUUUUGUUUUUAUUAAUAUCAAUGUGAUCGUUUAUUUAUGUCUAUAUAUUAGUAAAAGUAUAUGGAUUAAUUGUUAAAAAUGCCUGGUUUAAUUGCGGUUAGUGAAUUUGUUGAGGAGACGAGGGAGGAUUAUAAUUCACCAACCACUUCGACAUUUGUAUCUCGGAUGCCACAAUGCAGACAAACUAUAACUGCACUUGAAGAAACCCUGGACUUUGAUCGUGAGGGUUUAACGAAGCUGAAGAAGGCGAUCAAAGCUAUUCACAACUCCGGAAAUGCACACGUGGACAAUGAAGUGUACUUAGGACGAGCAUUGGAAAAAUUAGGAGAUGCUGCACUUAAGGAACAAGAGCAUGAUAUUGGUGCAGCUUUCUUUAAAUUUGCUGUCGUUACAAAGGAGCUCAGUGCACUGAUGAAGACUCUUAUGCAGAAUAUAAAUAAUAUUGUAAUGUUUCCACUGGAUUCAGUGCUGAAGGGCGACCUGCGGGGUGUCAAGGGCGACCUGAAGAGGCCAUUUGAAAAAGCCUGGAAAGACUAUGAGGCCAAGUAUGCAAAAAUAGAAAAAGAAAAAAAACAACAUGCUAAAGAAGCCGGUCUUAUUAGAUCGGAAGUAACGCCAGCGGAGAUUGCCGAUGAAAUGGAAAAAGAGCGACGUUUAUUUCAAUUACAGAUGUGUGAAUAUUUAAUAAAAGUUAACGAAAUAAAAACUAAAAAAGGGAUUGAGCUGCUGCAACAUCUUGUUGAGUAUUAUCAUGCGCAAACAAAUUAUUUUCAAGAUGGUCUAAAGACAAUUGAACAUUUUGGAUCCUACAUUGCGGAUUUGAGUGUUAAGUUACAGAAGAUAAGACAAACUCAAGAUGAAGAAAGAAGACGUUUAACUGAGUUGAGAAGUCUCUUGAGGAGUUCCGGUUGUGAUAAGGAAUUGAAUGCAAACGCCAGCGUGGGAUAUUCGCUUCAUCAGCUGCAGGGCGAUAAGCAGCACGGAGUCACUCGUUCCGGCCAUCUGUUAAAAAAAAGUGAGGGUAAAAUGCGACGUGUUUGGCAAAAACGUCGUUGCGCUGUUCAAGCUGAAGGUUAUCUUGAUAUUUGUCAUGCAGAUGAAAAUAAACCACCUACAAGAGUUAAUUUAUUAACAUGCCAGAUUAAAUUGGUACCCGAUGAUAAACGUGGUUUUGAUCUCAUUAGCUACAGUAGAACGUAUCAUUUUCAAGCAGAAGAUGAAGCUGAUCAACGUGCAUGGAUGUCAGUGCUUGUUAAUUGUAAAGAACGAGCUUUAUUAAAAGCUUUUGAUGCUAGUGGGAAAGCUGAAGCUGGUCAGGGUAAUCCUAGUCUUGUUGAACUUCAGCAAGCUAUUAUACGAUGUGUUCUACGAUUAGAUGGCAAUGAUAAAUGUUGUGAUUGUUCAUCACAAAAUGAUGCAACGUGGCUGUCAACAAACUUUGGUAUAAUAGUAUGUAUUGAGUGUAGCGGCAUUCAUCGUGAUCUGGGUGUACAUAUAUCGAGGAUACAAUCGUUAACUUUAGACAAUGUUGGUACAUCACAAUUGUUACUUGCACGUUUUAUGACCAACCAAGCAUUCAAUGAAGUUAUGGAGGCAACUUUAAAUCAUCAUCACAAGCCAACUCCAACGUCCACAAUGGAGGAGAGAUAUGAAUUCAUAAGAGCUAAAUAUGUCGAUAAAAAAUACGUAUUGAGGACUUGUGAAGAUGAACGAGAUCUAUUGUCUGAUCUUGAGCAUGCUGUUAACAAUAAAGAUCUCCAGCAUUUACUACAAGUUUAUGGUGAAAAGGUUGACCUGGCAGCUCCAUUACCUACUUCAGAUAUUGGGGAGACGGCAUUGCAUUUAUCAAUUUUACGUGAAAUAGGGGGUAAUUGCCUUCACAUAGUUGAUUUUUUAAUUCAAAAUAUGCCGACGGGUAAUAUAGACAAGGUUACAAGUGAGGGUGAAACGGCACUACAUCUUUCUGCAAGGCAUGAUCGAGCGGAAGCUAUGAAAUUGUUGUUACGCGCUGGCGCAGAUCCAACUCUACGAAACAAACAAGAAAAGACUCCGUUGGAUAUUGCCCAGGAAAUGGGUCAUCCAACUUGUAAAGAAUUGCUAAGCCAUGCAUUGCAACGACAAAAAACGUUGUUUGAUAACGUCAAUAUUGAUUGGAAUUUAUCACAUGAUGAGGGAUCGACAGACUUUUCUGAUGAUGAAACAAUAAUUGAAGAUCGAAACGGAUGUUUAACACCUGAAAAAAAGUCACGUAGUAGGCCACCUUCUUAUGCCGGUGGCGGUGGAUCUGGUCCAGGAGAUUCACCGAUAACACUUCGAAGUAGAAGCAGCACUUGUGACAGUCUGCAAAGUGGCUCAUCGCCAAAUUCUAUGACAAGUAGACAGCAAAUGCCCCCACCACCACCUCCGCAGUCAAGGAAACCAGUCGUAGUUCCCAGUCCAAUGGGACCACCAGAGUACAGUCUGGUAAAUAUUCAUGGGUCACUAAAGAAACGUGUAGCACCACCUCCACCACCUGGAAACGGCGGGACAAUGCUGACAGCUCAUUAUGGAACUUUACCGUCAUCAGCAACUUUAGCGUGCUCCUCGCACAGUAGAACCACCAGCGAGCCCAUUCUUGCGGGUAACACAUUGCAUAGUCUGCCACAUUCAUUGAAUACUCUGAAUAGUCUGCAUCACAAAAGAUCACCCAGCGGUGAUUCAUCAGCCAGCCACACCAUAGAUAAAUCAAAUUCAUCGACGUUACAAAGACCAAGGAAUCCACCACCGCCUGCACCUUCCGCCGGUAGCUCUGCAAGAUUAAGUAAUGGUCGUAGCAGUGAAUCCCUUAGUUCAAUGUGUUCUGAGCAUGGAAUAGGUAAUCCUGUACCUCCACCCCGGAAGCGAAGGGACCGAUCCAGACUUGAAAGCUACGCCGAGGAGCCCUCAUCUUUGCUCCCCAAUUUGAAUCUGCCAAUGACAUCAAGUUUAAAUGGAUUGCGUCGAUGCCGAGCGCUUUAUGAUUGCGAUGCUGACAACGAAGAUGAACUGUCAUUUCGUGAGGGCGAAAUUAUCAUCGUCACCAACGAGCAAACUGACGAUGAUAAUUGGAUGGAGGGAGCCCUCGAAAGAUCGCCAGAAAGACGUGGAAUGUUCCCUAUUAGUUUUGUGCACAUGCUGCAAGACUAACAGCAAGACUAUUAGUCAGGAAAUGAAGAUAAUUAAGUGUCAGCUGCAUGUUAAAUACUUGUAAAUUCAAUCACUUGAUCCUUUUUUUUAAUACAUAACAAUUAUCUGCUUUUAUCAAUUUUUUUUCUCUCUACUCUGAUGCAGAGUUCAGAGUUAUAUUAAAUGUGAUAUACAUAAAUAUAUGACCUAUAUGUAUCU